AUGGCCAAGGUAGUGGCACCGCCUGUGGCUCGCAACAUCAGCAUCUUCAACUCGGUCUUCACCUCAAAGUCUGUUCGCGCACCUACAAACCGUAGCACUAGGAGGACUUACCCCGUUGUUGACGUUGCGGAAAUCGUCUCCCAGCUCACCGAGACCGUUAAACCACUCCUUGGCAUCAACACCGAAGCCUGGACAUGGGGCAGAAACGUCGCCACAGAAGACGGUGAGCCAUUCCGUUUCCCGCCAUCAAAAUGCACGAGCAUGUCGAGAGUAAGGCAGCCACAGCCCGAAGAUUACAUGUGGUAUUAUGACAUGCUCGACGGUUCCGAUUUAAGAAAUGGGCUGGCUCAAUCGAAAGUCCAACUUGGGGCUUUCCAGCUUCAAAAAUUACUCGCUGAUGUCCUCAAUCGUCUUGUCAAAGAAUAUGUUCGCUGGGCCUACAGAGGAUUGUACAGAGCCGACGUGGUCGACCAUCUCGAAUUCUGGAGCAAAUACAUCCUCGGCCAGUUUUUGAGAUACACCGUGGUUAUACUCACUAAUACUGAUCUCUCAUCUCCGCUGCCUGAUAUGUACAAAGACGAGCAGAACAGAUGGCAUGCCACUGCCCUCACUUACUUGGGCGCAUUGAGGACGGAAGAGCUCUUCGCCGCCAUCGCCACCGAGAAACCCAACAACACCGUGGUCCACAACAUCAUCGGAGAUCUGAGGCACUUCGUUGUGAAUCCAGCGACCAGAACAUACUUGACCAACAACUUUAUAGCGGUGCUCUCAGACCGAACUCUGCAAUCUGGAUCAUCAACCAUAGACAUCCUGCAUCUGUACAUCGCCAUCAUUAGAGCUUUCCGACAGUUGGACCCCAAGGGCGUUCUCCUCGAUCGUGUCGCAAAACAUGUGCGAAGAUAUCUUCGCGAGCGAGACGAUACAGUUAAGGUCAUUGUCAGUGGUCUACUGAGUGAGCCUGGCAAGGAAAGCGAUGUGGAUGGAGAGGCUCUUGUUGAGGUUGCUGAAGAGCUGCAUCGCGCGCAAGAUAUGGACGAAAGCGGCGACGGAGAGCUCGACUGGGACAACAUGAAGUGGCUUCCGGACCCAAUUGAUGCUGCUCCAGACUACAUGAAGUCAACUACCACAGAUGUAAUCGGCAGCCUAACUUCACUUUUCGAGUCGAAAGAGAUAUUCGUCAAAGAGCUGCAGGCGCUACUUGGCGACCGCCUCCUACAAAGCACCGGAAAUUACGAGCACGAAGUCAGCGUUCUGAACCAUCUCAAGGCUCGCUUCGGCGACAGUGCCCUUCAGGCUUGUGAAGUCAUGCUUCGAGAUGUGCUUGAAUCUAGCAAAGUCGAUGCUGCGAUCCACCACGAUCUGGCCGGCGGAGCAGCGAACAAUCCGAUGCCUCAACUGCACGCCAAAGUUCUGUCUCGCCUUUUUUGGCCACCUAUGAGUGAUCAAGCUUUCACUCUGCCGUCUGAAGUUCUACGGGCACAGAGCGUAUAUGAGAAAGGCUUCGAGCAGUUGAAGCAGUCACGGCAGAUCACCUGGGUUCCAUCUCUUGGUCGGGUUGACAUUGAACUCCAGCUGGAAGAUCGAACGGUCCGUGAAAGUGUCUUGCCCUACCAGGCCACAGUCAUCUAUGCGUUUCAGGAUAGACUAGAAUCCGCGGGCACUAAGACAGUGUCCGAGAUUGCCACUGAGCAGUCCUUGUCGGCAGUUCUGGUGCGGUCGGCCUGUAUUUUCUGGGUGUCGAAGAGAGUUCUCGUCGAGGCGGGCAAUGACGCCUUCACCGUGCUUGAGACGCUUCCAGAUGGAGGCGAUGUUGUCAUGGCAGACGCGAGUGGCAAGCAGGACGCUUCUGCAGCCGCAGCGGAGGCCGCAGCGGCUCAAGCAGCAAGAGAGGCCGAGGAAGAAGAGCGACGGCAGAAGAUGGCCAUGUAUCACCAGUUCGUGGUCAGUAUGCUUACUAACCAAGGCGCUAUGCCCCUGCCACGGAUAGCCAUGAUGCUCAACAUUGUGGUGCCUGGAGGCUUUCCAUUCAGCAAUGAGGAGCUGAAGGAUUUCUUGGGUAGCAUGGUCAAGGAUGGACAGCUGGAGGUUGGUCCGGGAGGAAAUUACAAGGCUAUCGGAUAA